AUGCCUAAAGAUACGCAUCGCCAUCAGUCGCCAUCUACAGGAUCAACAUGGCCAUUGGGAAACAAAAAGAAAUCCAAUUCACUGAAUACCGAUCGUUUAAAACCAAACGCUAUACAAACGACUGUAUCUAAAGCAUCAAUCGUUGAUAAACCAAAUGCUCCAGUGCCUGUGCGAACGGUUGCUCACAUUGAAGGAAACUGGGCAACGUAUAUAUACAUACCAAUUGAAUUACAGGAAGACUUGCAAGCUGAAUUAAAAGAUUGGAUCAAGCAAGCAACAACCCAGUUUCCAUCCUGGCAUUCUCAUAUCCAAUUAGAUUCCAAUGACUCUCUUGGAUUGCAUGUCAGUCUUUGUCAAACAGCAUAUUUAAAAGUAUUUCAAAUUGAUCGAUUUAUGGCUCUGCUAGAACAACAGAUUGGAUUACAGUCUAGAUUCACAGUGUCGUUUAAUGGUGUUUCAAGCUAUGUGAAUGACGAGCAAACUCGUAGUUUCGUUGGCAUGGACAUUGGACAUGGGCAUGAGGAACUACUUGAGUUGGUUCAAUGCGUAGAUCUGGCGCUGACAGCAUUCCAUCAACCGCCAUUCUACAAGAAUCCUCGAUUUCAUGCGUCAAUAGUUUGGAGUCCAACAACUCGUGCAUCUUCAUUUGAUAAUCCGAUCGAGUCUAUCCCCGAUUCACUGCGUGACAUUCCAAAAAAACUACACAACACCUUAUUUCUAGUCCGUUCAGUUGUUUGUAAAUCCGGAAAUAAAUUGAAGCAGUUUGAUUUAUAA